AAUCUUCAUUUUCUGAUUUCUGGUUAUUGAUAUUGUUCUUGAUUAUAUUCUGGUGUUUAUUUUUGGCCCGUUAUUGAAAUUUUUGCUGUUUUUGGUAGUUUAACUAUCAGCUGGUUAUAGCUAUAAGCUAUGACUAACAAAAAUAAGAAUCCCUCGGAUUCUGAACUUGAACCUGGUUCGUCCAAACUGUUCAAGAGUUUGUCAGAAGAAAUGAAAUUGAUUGAUAGUUUUAUAUCUGAUCCAAAUAAAAUUGCCGAUUUAAAUUUUCAGGAUUGUUUUGAUAUCAUUCAUAAAUGUUGUACGAUCAUAGACAAAAGAUCCUUGGCUAAAUAUGCACAAGUUAUUGAUACUGCUGCUACUACAAUGAAUAAUCUUUUUGUUAAUCUUUCUUCAAAUAUUGAUCACAAUGCAAUGGACACAAAGAAUUUAUUACAAGAUAUUAAAAAUAAAUUAUUUUCUCCGGUUCCAUACAAUGUUAUUGCCGCUAAACCUAAAGAGAAUAAUGUUCCGACAAUUCAGUCAAAACCGAAUGAAUAUGCAUUGUUUGUCAAUGCUAAAAAAGGUAUGGUUGAUGCUAAUUUGAAUUCGGAAGUCAACAACGCUAUUUCGGAAGUCAGGAAAAAGAAACCAUAUUUGAAGAUUAAUAAAAUUAUUCGGAACAAUAAAGGUAACAUCAUCAAAACUCCCAAUAGUGACGACUUAGAUACGUUGAUUCAAUAUUUUCAAAGUCAAGAUAAAAUUAAUGAAAUCGCCAAUGUAUUCAUACCCAAACCAAGGGAUCCAACUAUAGUACUUAAGAAAGUGAGUAAACUCACCAGUUCUAAAGAUCUUCCAAAUAUUCUGUGCAGAGUCAACGAACAAAUUAGCAAUCUCGACACUGAAGUAGAAGUUUUAUUUGAUUUUCGCUCUGACCUUCCUUUUCGGGAUAUUGCUCUUCGUGUUUCUCCCAGGAUUUAUGAACGUAUCUGCAAUCUUAAUUAUUUAUACACCGAUAUUGAAGCCAUUAGAUUUCAUCAACGUAUUUUUGUUCGGCAAUGUAAACAUUGUUUUAAAUUUAAUGAUCAUAAAGCUAAUGAUUGUCCACGUAAAAAUAAACCAAUUUGUUCCGAAUGCGGUGAAGAAGGUAUCCAUAACUGUUCGAAAAACAACAAAUGUUGUAAUUGUGUCAGUUUUUUUAAGGAUGGUGUUCAUCAACAUGAUAUUUGUCAUAGACCUAAUCGUGACAGCUGCCCUUUAUAUAAAAAACAAAUUGAUCGUCUAAUGAGUCAAACAGCAUUCAAAUCAUACACUCUACCUGCCAGUAGUUCAUCGUUAACAACAACCAUCGAACUUUCAUCACAACAAUCAACUUCCGCUUCUCCAAUGCAAAUUCAAUAGAUUAAAAAUUAUACAACAAAAUUUAAGAAAAAGUUUAACAGCUCAUAAUGAAUUAAAAAGUUCGAUCACUAA